AUGGCCGAGCCUUCUACCGAGCCGGGUGGCGAGACCGAUCUCCCAUCGUGUGAAGGCUGUCGAAAACGGAAGCUCAAGUGCUCUCGGCAGCGUCCCCUGUGCUCCAAUUGCGAAAAAUACAAUACUAUCUGCUUGUACGAAUCCCGGAGGAACAAGCCCGGGCUCAAGACGGGGGCUGUAGAUGCUCUAUCUCAGAGGUUGCAAGUACGUACACUUCAUGCUAAUGUAUACAUACUAGAGGUAAUUGAGAAUUUGUUGUUCAAUAGACAGCACAACGACGAUGACGAUGAACGCCCGCCAGAGCUUCCGAGCGCCGCAGGAUUGGGUCAGCCACUGGGAGGCACCAACAACAAUAAUAUAACUGCAACACCGGUCCUGGGUAUACUUACCUCAUUGGCAUCGGAAAUCCAGAAGCUAAACUCCAACAUCGUUUGGUCCCGUAGCGAUUUGCAAACUGACUCACAUCUUGCAAAUGCUGAGCCUCAGCGAAGAAAGCGGAGGAGGUUUGACAUUCGGGAAGAGCACUUGCAAGCCUGCGAUGUUGAUGAAGAAACAACCGAUAGUCUCCCAAGCAAUACUCUCCUCGAUGCUGUCAUGGAUUUUUACUUCCUCCGAAUUCAGCCCUGGAUACCGCUCAUUCAUGCGCCAAAGUUCCUGCGGGCAGUGCAAUCACAUGACGGCCGCCAACGUAAUGCAGUUGUCCUGCAUGCCAUGAUUGUCGCUGCACUCAGGCAUCUCCCUCAAGAUACUCACCGCCUUUCGAGCGAAGCAGUGAAGGCGACCAUAAGAAGAUCUCGUGAUUACGUCUUAAGGGCCGCAAUGAGCGGUUUGUCAGUGGAAAAUCUACAGGCAUUUGCCAUUGUUGCUUUUAUACACAUAGGAAGUGGAGAAUCAGCAAGGGCUUGGCCGAUCAUAGGUUCAAUGACUAGAAGCGUUCAAUAUUUGCAGUUGAGCGUUGAGUCUGAGGAUACUAAACAGAGAAACUCGUUUCUUACUUCCUUGCCGACGCUCCCAGACCCCGAGAAUUGGGUUGAAGAAGAGGAGAGAAGAAGAGUAUUUUGGAAUAUCUUUAUUCUUGAUAGAUUCUGUUCGGUAACAACAGGGUGGAAUAACAGUCUAACCGCAACAGACGUGAGUAGGAGACUCCCGGUUUGCGGUGGUAAAUGGUACAACGAAACGCCCUGUUUAGCCCCCUACUUCGGCAUCUGGUCGCGAUCAGCUGCAUCUCUAGGCAACUCCAUCACAUUCUUACCAACCCACUAUGCCAGCCCGUCCAAAGCCUCAAACACGGAUAGCGGAGCCGUGGAGUCCCCUGUCCCGAUACGACAACGGGCAAAGCCGGAUCUGCCACUGGACAUUUCCAAUAUUGGUGCAUUUGCAUAUUAUAUCGAGUCCAUCGAGUCCCUGAGCCGAGUGAACACGUACUUCCUCCAACAGGAAGUUGACUUUGGAGAUAAGCAAGAAGUCCUUAGCUGGCUGACCCGAUUCAAGGAGCUUGACUUGAGACUGGUUCAUUGGAAGAUGUUCCUACCCAAUCAGUGGAAAGACUCCGGAGCCUCUAGAGAGUCAAUGCCCGGCAUCAUGGAUCCGAAUAUGACCGCGGCAAAUGCCACACAUAAUGUUUCCAUGAUACUCCUCCAUCAGAAGAUUGCAUACCCUGGCCCAGAGUUGGCCGGAAUAAAGCUGCCAAGUUCUUGCAGUGCAGAAACGUGCCUAAGUGCCGCUGUUGAGACAGCUAAUAUCUGCAACCAGUUUCUGGAACAAACUACCAAAGAGGUUCUCGUAACUCCUCAACUAGGAUUCUGUGCAUUCAUCAGUGCUAGGGUUUUGUUAGUGCACUGGAGGUAUACCCGUGGAGAGCUCCCCCGCGAAUUCUGGUCAUUGGUGCUUAAUUUGGAAGAAAUGUCCCGCCGCUGGUCUGGCGAAAAUGACCCCAGAACUUUGUUCCUGCAGUUUGCACUCCGGCUGAGAGAUUUGCACGAGAAAUGUAUCCGAAACCCGCAUUUCAAGAUUGAUCUUCUCGGUGAUUCUGAGGAAGCAGUUUGGGUUGAUGAGCUUUUACGCGCCACACCCAGGUUGGCAGUUGGAACAGAGGGUGGCUCUGGUCGUAGAGUGGCAACAGAAGGUAAUGCCACAGAAUCUCGGCAAUUCAACGCUCAGACCGACACUGGAGUCCCACCCCCAGGAAGCAACCUGUCCGGGCCUAUCUCCAUGCAGAAUGACAUCCAGCAAUGGGCAGUUACGACGGGGAGCGAGAUUGAUGAUUCGAAUGCCGAUCUAAAUGCCAUUUCGGAGCUUCUCCUUGGACAAGGAUUUUCCAACCUGGACCGUGUCAUAAGUUUUGAUGACAUGGCCUUGGCUCAGAAUGGCGAGCAAUGGACUGAUUCAUCGCAGCCACAGGGAUGGUAA